UAAAAUUGCAAUAUUAACCAACGCCUCAUCACGGCUACCGUUACAGUUAGCUCAGGUGUGUCAGCGCUUGGCUUGCUUUGCUUUAGUUUGCCUGUGCGCUCUGCAUGCUAAUUUAGACAUUUUUGCUGUAUUUUUUCUUCUUCUGUUUCUAUUGCGCGUCCGUCACGUGCGUUUUGAUUUGCUAUAAAAAUAAAUCGAAAACGAAGACAUGUCAUCAAACACAGUUUCGCUUUUCAAGUGCCAACUCGAAAAAGCAAUCAGAAAUCCUUCAACAUGUUCAAAUACGCUUUUGUCCUCUGCGCUCUGAUUGCAUGUGCCGCCGGCAAGCCAGGCUUACUGCACGCCCCGCUGGCUGCUCCAGCCGCCCUCGUUGCUGCACCUGCACCUGUAAUAACUGCAACAAGCAGCCAAGUAGUGGCCAGAAACUUCAAUGGCAUUGCUGCUGCUCCCUUGAUUGUGCCAGUACCAGUUGCUCCAGUUGUCCGAGCUGCUCCUCUAGCAGCGCCCAUUGCUGCUCCUCUGAUUGCUAGGUACGCAGCUGCUCCUCUGGCUGCUCCUCUGGCUGCUCCUCUGGCUGCUCCUUUGGCUGCUCCUCUGGCUGCACCUCUGGCAGGUCCACUCUACUCCAGGUACGCAGCUGCUCCCCUCGCAGCACCAAUUGCUUCUCCUCUGGGCGCUCCACUCUACUCCAGGUACGCAGCUUCUCCUUUUGCCCCGCUGAACUACGCAGCUGCUCCAGCGCCACUUUUGAUUUAAGCCAAAA